AUGCCAGAGAUCCAGAGGUCUACUGAGGAUGCUGGAUUGAUUCUGACUCAUCUCUUCUUCCCUUCUAUCAACCAUGAGAUGUUCAUGGCUGUUCUUCGCAAGCAAGGGUUUUUGCCCAUUCUGGUGGAAUUCUUUGCCUCAUACCUUGUAGGCCGCUCCACAGUUUACUGUUGGAACACCUUCCAAUCCGACUCACGAUCCGCGGAUGUGGGUGUCGGGCAGGGCUCUGCUCUUUCGCCUGUUAUCUCUGGGCUGUUCAUUGCUCCGGUAAUGAAGCUCUUCUACAUCAAAGCGGCGCCACUCAACAUGACGCUGCUCUCAUUUGUGGAUGAUGGGACCAUAUUGGCCCAAUCCAAACAACUGGAUGAUAAUAAUGUGGGCCUGCAUAAGGCCUACAAAAUUAUCUACCUUCUCUUUGUUGCCUUCGCACUCGCUCUUGAACACGACAAGACCGAGUUGUUUCACUUUUCGCAUCGACAAGAUGCCUAUAAUCCCUCGCUGGAUUUGGGGUAUGCCCCGCAUACCGGUGCUACACCUUUGAAGCCCAAGACCUGUUGGAGGUACUUGGGCUUCUAUUUCGACCACAGGCUCACAUUCCAUGAGCACGUUCGCUACUACGCCACCAAGGCGUUUACCACCGUGCAGGCCAUGCGCAUGCUCGGGAACUCUACUAGAGGGCUCUCACCUAAACAGCGCCGUCUCUUAUAUAGGUCGUGUGUGGUCCCUAUUGCCACGUACGGCUAUCGUCUCUGGUAUUUUGAUGGUGCCCGGAAUAAGGGCGUGAUGAACCAGUUGAAACGGAUGCAGCGAAAAGCUGCUCUAUGGAUCACGGGUGCUUUCCGCACCUCACCUUCAGGCGGUCUUGAGGCCCUCGCUGGUCUCAUCCCUGUCCAUCUCAUGCUGAAGAAAUUGGCUAUGCGCGCAGUGUACCACGUAGCCACCCUCUCAGACACUCACCCUCUUUGCUCCAUGUUGGGUGAGGGACUCCUCAAACGGGCUGAACCUCAUGCCCGCUCAGCCACUUUGAUGACCCCAGCUAUGAGGGGGAAAGUCAAGAGCACUGUCAUGGAGGUGGAUGAGCGUGUCCACACCUUAACUGAGAGCUUUGAGCCUUUUGCGCCUGAAGCUCGCCCAGGCGAUCGGUUACUGGACCGCUAUGCAGACCGUCUCCAUUUUGACGAGCGUGAUCCUGGUCAGGACAGACGCCCAUAUCUAGACGAGCUCAUCGCGAAAGCGAGGGCCAACCCCUUAACAGUACUGGCUGCAACUGAUGGCUCUGUCCCUCAGUCCAACCAGUAUCAGGCAGCUUCGGCAGCCAUCAUCUACAAGGGACACCGCAAGCUCGAGAGGACUUGCUAUGUCUCUGGCAGAGUUACUGCCCCAGAUGCGGAACUCAAUGCCAUCUCGUGCGCAGUGCGCCUUGCGGUCAAGCAGGCAAACUGCCAACAUAUUAUGGCUUUUAGCCUGUCAGUCUGUCGCGCUCUUCAAGAGUGGUUUGAGGCGGAUGAUCUCCGCCGCAUUACCUUCAUCUACGUCCCAUCUGCACUGCGGUGGGAUAUUCAUGGUGAAGCACACAAGUACGUCACCGAACUCAAAGUCAGGGUUGGACGUCGCAAGACGGAUAACUCUAUAGAUGCGCUUCGCUCCCGAGCAGCGCACUCAGUCCUGGAUUCGUGGAGCUCCACUUUCCAGGACCCAACUUACCAAGGCUCUGAAUUCUUAGAGCUUCAACAGCCUGACGGGCGGCCGCUACAGCCAUCGUACCUCAAUGGGGGACCUUGGCUUUCAACCUUCGGACACAGUAUCACUGAGUUCGCCCGCGUUGCCGGUGUAUAA